GUUCCUUGUGCUUGAAUGGUGCUUGUUUAACAAAAUCAAAGCACAUCGUUUUCACAGUUGUUUUUAUUACGUCAUAUAUUCUGGUCAUGACACGAUGCAAACGUCUCCGGAUGAAGUAUGUUCGAAAUCUGCUCAUACUACUCGCAUGCAUACUGUUUUAGAAGAAGAAGCCUUUAUUUUUGUCGCACAUUAUACAUUUGCACAUACACAGUAAAAAAAAUAUAUAUUUUGCAUAUUCCAGCUAAGCUUGGGUCAGAUGAUAUGAUAUGGCACCCCUGUAGCAGAUAGGGUCAAGGGCCUUGCUCAAGGGCCCAACAGUGGCAUCUUAGCAGUGCUGGGGCUUGAACCCCCAACCAACUGGACUGAUUUUUUUUCCAGGUGGGAUGGGUUGUGCGGGUUCUAGGGUGAAGAAUCGUGAAGUCUUGGGGAAACAGAAAACACAGACACCUCAAACCGUCCACAACAGCAGAGACCCAUCAAAGAUAGAGAGUUCUACAUCCCUGCUUCCUGGACAGAUUCUACAAAAUGUGGAUGCUUCCAGUGCUCAGGAGCAAAUUGUUAUCGCCCUGUUUUCAUUUGAUCCUUUGAAAAAGUCAGAUUUGGGCUUCAAGAAGGGAGAGAGACUCAAAAUAUUAAAAGCAGAUGGUGAUUGGUGGAGAGCCAAAUCUUUGUCCUCGGGACUUGAGGGUCUUAUACCUUCAAACUAUGUCGUGUCAGAUGGCAGCAUGGAAACAAAUGAGUGGUUUUUUAAGAACGUUAGCAGAAGGGAUGCUGAGAGACAACUGCUGGCCCCCGCCAACAAUCCAGGAGCCUUCCUCAUUCGGGAGAGUGAGACGAAUGCAGGAAAUUACUCCAUGUCAGUGAGAGACGUGAAUCCUGAUGGUUCAGAUCAGAUCAAGCAUUAUAAGAUCCGCACACUUGAUAAUGGAGGAUACUACAUUUCAUCCCAAAUCACCUUCAGACAGCUGCAAGAUCUCAUCAAACACUACCAGAAAAAUGCUGAUGGUCUUUGUAGACGUUUGGAUAAAGUAUGUGUAAAGCCUCAAGUUGUCACUCCAUGGGACCAGGACGCCUGGGAGAUCCGCAAAGAUGCUCUGCGUAUGGUAAAGAGACUCGGUGCUGGACAGUUUGGAGAGGUCUGGUUGGCGACCUAUAAAAACAGCACUAAAGUAGCAGUGAAGACACUGAAGCCCGGCAGUAUGACAGUGGACGCGUUUCUCCAAGAAGCAAACCUCAUGAAAACCCUGCAGCAUGAACGGCUUGUUCGCCUUUAUGCCGUGGUGACCAAAACCCCACCAAUUUACAUCAUCACAGAGUAUAUGGCUAACGGAUGUCUGUUGGAUUUCCUGAAGAGUCCAGCUGGCAGAAAAGUAAAGCUUCCUAAAAUCAUCGAUUUUUGUGCCCAAAUAGCAGAAGGCAUGGAGUAUCUUGAAAAGAAGAACUUCAUCCACAGAGAUCUGCGUGCUGCUAAUGUACUAGUCAGUGAAAGUCUACUGUGUAAAAUUGCAGACUUUGGCCUAGCCAGAGUCAUCGAAGACAACGAGUAUUCAGCGAGAGAAGGAGCUAAAUUCCCAAUCAAAUGGACGGCCCCUGAAGCCAUUUUUUAUGGUUCCUUCACCAUUAAAUCAGACAUGUGGUCUUUUGGUGUCCUAAUAUAUGAAAUUGUCACUUACGGCAAAGUCCCCUACUCAGGCCUGGGCAACAGUGAGGUGAUUGCACGAGUUCAGCGGGGAUAUCGGAUGCAGUGUCCUGAGAACUGCUCUCAAGAGCUCUAUGACAUCAUGAAGAUGUGCUGGAAGGCCAAACCAGAAGAGAGACCCACCUUUGAGUACAUGAGGAGUGUCCUGGAGGAUUAUAACACGGCCACCGAGGGCCAGUACCAACACCAAUAACACAAUGACUGCCAUGCAAACAGGACAAUUAAAGGAGUGCUUAAUUGAACAUGUUUUUUUAUACUUGAGCAUUUGGCACAAUGGGUCCAUGGACUUUAAUGAAUAAAUUAAGUUUAAAUGUAUAAAGGAAAGUGUGUCUGAGGUGCUGUAACAGGUCACCAUUUCAGCUUUUCACAGUUUAUCACACAGAACAGACUGCAACAAUUAUAGUGUCAAAUGGAAUAAAUGUGAUAACGGUGUUUAAGAAAAUUAAUGGCAUUAUCCGUAUUUAAGUGCAUGCGUUAAGGCAAUAUUUUCGACAGACCUUGUUUUAUUAUACAUAAACUAGCCUAAUAUUACCAUUUAUUAUAAUUAUAAAUAUAUAAUAAUUUUAUAAAAGCACUUGCAUUAAUUCUUCUGUUAAAACUUGUAUUAUUUGAGCACUGAAGUUAUUUAAAUUACCAUUUUUACUGUCGUUUUAUAGUGUUGACAAUUCAUCAUCAUGGCAAAGUUGUAAAAUUGGCCAUAACUUUAUACAGAAAAUGUUAUUGAACAAUUUUAAUCGCACUAAAAUAAUGUUAACAUGCAUAUUGUUUACGUCUUGUGGCUAUACUUUUGAAACAGUGAGUAUUUUACCAUUUACAGAUUGGCCCUAUUGACUUCCAUUAUAAAUGCCUCACUGUAACCCAGAUGAUUUUUAUUUUUAUGGUAAUUAAUAUUAUUCAGCUUAACUUGUAUUGAACCCGGAAUAUUCCUUUAAAUGGCACCAUUAGCUUAAGUUUUAAAGUUCAUUACUGUUACCGCGAUUUUUUGCUUUUGAAAUAAACAAGGGAUGAGAAAACUU